GGCUGGCUUUGCUUUUAUACAUACCGCGUAUACCUGUACCCGUGCGUGUGCGUAUGCGUGUGCCGCGGCACGGCUUCUGCUACCUGUGUGUGCGCGCGUAUCGCGUGGGUGUGCGCGGAGGUAGCCUACCUGGCGGCGUCCGACACGCAGUAAAACGCGCGGCUCCCUAUUCUCUCGAUCUCCUCGCGUCUUCUUCUGAAAACCAUUGGAAAAAUAAUCGUUUGAAUCUGGAUCGAUAAAAAGAAAGUUCGCGAGACGGUUACCGUUCGCCAGGGUGGAGACCAAAACGGGUUUGGAUUAUCUGGAACUGGAGCGAACCGAUCCCGAACGAGUGCAAGUGUCCCGAAGUGCAGUUAGCCAAGUGUACGUGUCGGAUAAAGUGGAAGUGUCCGAUGAAAUAAGUGCCUGAAGGAUUUUUUUCGGAUAAUCAAUGUAGCUGAUCCAAGACGCUGGAUCGAGACGGGGUCCAGGACCGCAAAAUGCGACCGUGGUUCGUUCCGGCAGAAUAAUCGACGGAUCCAGAUAGAAACGGUUUUUAACGGAUGUGAUCAUGCCGACGGACAUCGUGGCGACCACGGCCUCGGUCCCCGUGACCGUGACCGUGCCCGAGGAGACAAGCAGGGCCCGGGAUCUGGGCCUGGGCCCCUCGCCAAGGUCGGCACCCUCGUCUUCCUCGUCGUCCUCGUCCUCAGGAUCUACGGCGCAAUCUUCCUCUAGGAAUUUCGAUCCGGCCAGCACUCUCGCCGCUUAUCACCACCAUCGACAUGGAUUGGUGACAGGGUUGGGCCACCCGCAUCACCGAGAAUCGUCAGCCUUCGUCCCCGUGGUUCCUUCGAGACUCCAUUUGGCGCCUUAUCCCGGUGACAUCCACCCGCACCUAAGCAGACCACCUCCUUCCUCCUCCACCACGUCGAAUCCAGAGCACGAGAGUACGGAAUCGUCCGUGACGAGAAAAUCGUCCUCGAGCUACGACAUAAUGGCGAUGAUGGCUGAUAAGAGGAAGGAGUUAGCAGCGAGGGCGCUUUUACUCCCUCCGCCACCCUUAUUGGAACCACCCCCAGGUUACCCGGUGUUCGCUGGCCCGUUCCCAGCAGGAUCCGCUCUAUACCCACCCGGAGGACCUCUGGCCCAUCAACACUUGGACAGGAGACUCCUCAGGGCACCGGGGAGGGCGUCCCGACCCAAGAAACAAUUCAUUUGUAAAUUUUGCAAUCGUCAGUUCACUAAGAGUUACAAUCUAUUGAUUCACGAGAGAACGCACACCGACGAGAGGCCGUAUUCAUGUGAUAUCUGCGGCAAGGCUUUCAGGAGGCAGGACCACCUUCGGGAUCACAGGUACAUCCACAGCAAGGAGAAGCCGUUCAAAUGCGGGGAGUGCGGUAAAGGGUUCUGUCAGAGCAGGACCCUGGCCGUGCACAAGAUCCUGCAUAUGGAAGAGUCGCCGCACAAGUGUCCCGUGUGCGCGAGGUCGUUCAAUCAGAGGAGCAACCUGAAGACGCACCUCCUGACGCACACGGAUCACAAGCCAUACGAGUGUACGUCAUGCGGGAAGGUGUUCCGAAGGAACUGCGACUUGAGGAGGCACGCACUGACUCACGCGGUGGGUGACGUGCCCCCGGAAGCAUUGGAAGAGGCUCUCAGGGACGACGAUAGUCCAGAAGAGGAUUGUCCAGAGCCUGGGCCGUCCUCUUCGUCUACGAACAAUUCCUCGUUAACCAGCGCGACCAAUAAUAAUUCUUAUCAGGCUAGUUCUGGUUCCUCAUGCCCGCCCUCGGGGUCAUCCGUGGGUCAGAGGCCUCAGCUGCAAAUAAGAAGAGACCUACUGCCGCCGGUGAAAUCGUCUACGGUCACUAGUGGUCACACAGUGGGACAGAAUCCACCCCCUGCGUUGCCACCGCCCCCACCUUUGAUUUUGACCUCGUACCGAAGGAGAAUAGGCUCUCCUGGUCCGUCGAGAGUGCUACUGGAGCUGCAGGAGAGAGAAAGGCAGAGGGAAAGGGAAAGAGAGAUCGAAGAGAGGGAAAGAGAAAGGGAGGAGGAAAGGCCAUCCAGAGCGCCCACCCCUCAGCCACCCCCUGCACCCAGACCACCGCCGGCCAGGCAUGGAUUCACUAUAGCUGAUAUCAUGAGACGGUAGAGGAUACCAAAUGAAACUCGAUUGUGGAACACAAUUCACACUCUGAUCAUGGAUCUUGUUUGUUUCUUUUUUUUUUUAAUGAGAAAAUUACAUAAAUCAAAUUUAAAUAAUAAUCUCUAAACACAUUUUAAAAAUGUCAGCCACACAUAGAGAUACUAAUUUUUUAUUGUUAUAUGCAGAUUUAAAAAUGUGAAACCUACACGGGAUUUGAAAAAGGCUCAAUCAAAUUGUUGCAUAAUUGUUGUUAUUUUUAAUAAAAAUAAAUUGAUAAUACCGAGGAUUUGAUUACACAAAAGUUCCAUAAACGGUAUUAAACCUUCGAAGAGUAUUACGUAUUAAUUGUUAUAAAAAAUGUGUCUGUUCUCGUAAAAACGAAAAGAACUGAAAAUGUUAUCUUGACUCUGUAAGAAGAGAAUAUAUGUACAGCGUUGUUUGUUUGAAAGAAAUCGUUGUUUGGUCCACUGAAAGGAAUUGUUGAAUCCGUACAAAAAGCUUCCCUACGAGCGAAAUAGGAGGAACACUAGCAAUUACGAUUGUAAUUUCUAUUUUUGCGAUAUAUAUUUUAAAAACAGGAAUAAAAUUCCGUGAGCGUGUAUGUAUGUGUAUGUAUAAAAAAAUAAGUGAAUCGCGCGUAUAUCUGAGUGAGGAGAAACCGAGAAAUAUUUUGUACUAUUGUAUUUUUUAACGAUACCUAUUUUGUAUAGUGAUACAUGAACAAUGUACAAUGUACUAUGUACAAUCGCAGCGCCUGUCCAUUAUUAGAAUUCUCCAUUUCAGAAAAUGUAAUUCUAUCUUGGACAGGUUUUAAGUGUCCUGUUACAUUUUAUACGUUACUAGAAUUAUAGUUUACGGUAUUGCAAUCUCCAUUCAUUUUUAGAUUUAUACGAGACGUUAAGAGAAGUUUGUAAAUUAUAUAUUAAGAAAAAUGUGGAAUAAAAAUGAUAUUCAAA